AUGGCCGAGACACAGCUGCCGCGGUGCGUCGUGUGCUCCAUAGACAUGACGCCGUGGAGCGUCGCGGACCGCGAGACACACGUGAAUGAGUGUCUAGAUGAAGCGACCAUUGACCAGCGAUAUGACUGUCCCACUUGUGGCGAAGAGCUCUCACACUGCGACGAACGCCAGCGCUUGGAGCACGUGAACCGCUGUCUGGACAGAAAAGAGACGUAUGACAGCGAUAUGAGUGUACGUAAACACGAUAAAGCUGUUGGAAAAGAAGAGGAAGACGGGGCAGAGGCGCAAGAGGAGGUGCAGCUGACACAGGUGGCGCAGUUGACGCAGGAGGAGGCAGAGACAAGCGACAGCGCGUACUUUGAAGCCAAUUACGUAUGCAAAAUCUGCGGUAUCGACAUGUCCAGCGUCGAUCUGGUGCACCGCAUUCGUCACGUGAAGUUGUGUGGCCAGAAGUUUGGCGUGAGAGCUGCUGAUAUGGCGGACGUGGAGCAGACAGAGACGAUUGUGGCGAGACUGGACGAGAAGGACGCGUCGAACGCGUUUAUGGUCAUGAUGCAGUCGGCAGCUGGAAAAGCAACAGCAGAGACCGCUUCGAUGGAGAGAUCGAACGUCUUUGACGUUUUGAUGCGGAGCUCGAAAACGGCUGCUGUACUCGAUGCUCGAAAGCGCCCCGUGCCUUUUAAAUUUACACGCAAAGCAGUGCAACGACGCCGCCUGUUGUACCCUGAUUACAAGUGUAUCCAAGGAACGAGCCCGCCUUUCAUCGUCGACGGGUUCCACUACGCUUGCAAACAACACUCUAGCAUCUACUUCCUCACGCACUUUCACUCCGAUCACUAUGGUGGAAUCACUAAGGAUUUUGACUGCGGCGUUAUCUACUGCAACGAAAUUACCGCGAAGCUCGUCGUCCAAGAGCUUGGUGUCCAGCAAAAGUACGUUCACCCAGUGGGGAUGAACGUACCUGUGCUUGUCGGUGACGUGCAGGUCACCUUCUUGGACGCGAACCAUUGUCCUGGUUCAGCUAUCAUCCUGUUUCGUCUGAAAGACGGGAGAACUUACCUACACACUGGAGAUUUCAGAUUUCACAGGAAGAUGCUAAACUAUGCUGCAUUGCAGCCACACAUUCCGACGGGCGAUGAAGCUAUUGAUCAUACAGGUAAGAUUGUUGGGAUCAGCCGGCUGGACGGCGUGUAUUUGGAUACGACCUACUGUGAUCCUAAGUACACGUUUCCAACUCAGCAAGCGGCCAUUAAACACGCACUCGAGCUCAUGGACGAUCACUGGAAGCAGGAAAAGGUGCUUUAUCUGUUUGGAUCGUAUACAAUUGGCAAAGAGCGCUUGUUCAUGGAGAUUGCACGCAAGUACCGGAAGAAGGAUCUUCAAAUGGACAAUUUGACGGUGUUGCUAGCAAAGCAUCGUCUACGGUACCGGUCCAUUGUGGCAUUCCGCCCCACCGGGUGGACGUUCAGCAGCAAGAAUCCGCGGAAAAUGUCGACCUGUUGUUCCAAUCCUACAGGCAAGAUUCACGUCUACGGGCUUCCGUACAGCGAGCACUCGAGUUUCGCUGAGCUCUGCGACUUCGUCAAAGUGGUGAACCCUCGUGCAAUCAUUCCAACGGUGAACUGCAGCAACAAGCGAAAGGCGACCAAGCAGGUCAAUGCAUUGCGGCAGGUCGCUUUCCACAAUAUUUCAGCGCUAUUCAAGCAGCAGCACCAGCAGAUCAAGCAACAACUAAAAACAAGUUGA